AUGGCGUCGCCGCUGCCGUAUCGACCGUCGAAUGACUCCCUGUCUACCUCCAAUCCCAAGACCAAUGGACUCCCUCGUCUCUCCCCCGCCGCCUCCUUCAUCGGACGCUCCCCGAGCGGCUCGCACGCCUCAUUCCGACGCACAUCUGCUGAAAAUGCGAUGGGCUACAAGCAGCGGCGGUGUAAAUCGCAAUAUCCGUUGGAUUCGACGGAGCGCCAUGUGGAAUACAUUCUGGUAGCGUCAUUCCAUAUUGACCGCGGUCCGAUCAUGGAGCAUCAGUAUCCAGCGGCGAUCAGUGGGGAUGAGAGCAUGCUGGCGGAGCUGAUGCUUCCGGAUCAAACGCAUGUGCGGAGUCAGGAUUGGACCAUUUUCUUCCUGCACAAGGAUACCAGCGGCGAUGAUGAGGACAAAGCAGAGGGCGGGAAAAAGACGAAAAAGCGGAAGUCAAGAUACCGUGCGAAUGAGGAGGCUGCGGGUUUGCCAGAUGAGGAUUUGGAUGAGCCCUCCGAUGGCGACAGCAGUGACGACGAAGAGGGUGGAGAAGGUCCGCCCUUGAUGUAUGUCUUGAACUUGGUGAACACGAAGCAGGAUAAUACUGUCAGACGAGGUGCCGUCGUCAAGGCCAUGGCAAUCUGUACCCGGCACUCAUUCCUCCACAUCUACAAGCCACUUCUUCUGCUGGCACUGGAAGACUACUUCAAGUCGCCCUUCCCUGAAACGCUCGCAACACUUUAUGAUGCAGUAAAUAAUAUGGACCUCUCAUUAAUGCCGAAAAUGUCGAUAUUGGAGCGCCACAUCUUGCAAUCCAGCAACACCAAGGAUAUGUUUAUCGAGAAGUUUGAACAAAUGAUUCGCCAACGAGAAGAACAAGAGGCGGAGGAUGGGGAGUGCCCGCCAUCACCGAAGAAGAUAGGCCGAUACGUUCUACCCCGGGAUACGCAUGAAUUCGAAUCCAAAGUGGUCUACCACGACAUCCCUAUCCCCGUGAAAAUCCCUACAGUCAUCUGGCCUGAAACUGUCGGUGAUUUCUCUCUCGUCAAACUCAUUCAGACUUUCGCCGGACCCCAUGCCACCUCCCCACAACCUUUCCCAAUCCAUCCUCAUCUGACGACCAGUGGACCAUUUACACAUCCUAUCAUUGUGCUUGUCAACGCCAUCCUCACGCAAAAACGAGUGAUAUUUUUGGGACACAACCGGCCGUCAGGAGAGGUGGCUGAAGCUGUGCUUGCAGCUUGCGCACUUGCAUCUGGUGGCAUUCUUCGCGGCUUCACCCGACACGCAUUCCCCUACACUGAUCUGACCAAGAUCGAUGAUCUCCUCAAAGUGCCUGGUUUCAUUGCCGGCGUCACAAACCCUACCUUUGCCAAUCACCCAGAAUGGUGGGAUAUCAUGUGUGACCUGCCAACAGGUCGUAUGAAGAUCUCAAGCCAUGUUGAACCUGCCCCGGUCACUGAGGGACUUCUCUUCUUCCAACAACAAAACGCGUUGUUGCCGAAUCCCACUUCCCACGCAAACUCGGAUCCCACAGGAGACAAUUUAUUCAUGGAGGACAUUCUACGCAGCAUUUACCAGCGUCAUGGCGAGAACGCCAUCCGGGCAAAAUGGCGGGCAUAUAUUACCAAAUUCACUCGAGUUUCUGCGGCAUUCGAGGAAGCUGUAUAUGGCGCUUCCAAUCUCUAUAUAAUUGGCCCUGGGGAAGAGCUGUCGCCCGACAGCCCGACAGGCCAUCAAACAGAUGCAACAGAUCCCACAUCUCUCCGGGGUCACGGUUAUGUCUGGCCCGACGAAGGUGCCAAGCAGCGCGAGCUGUCCGCCUCUGUCUCACGGAUUGAGGGUUGGCGGAAUACCCGUUCAUACUACUCGUAUAUCCAAGACAUUGCUGCUAUGUAUUAUCCGGCACGGCCCAUCCAGCGGCCUGAUCUACAUCACCACCAUGACCGGCUCCGGUUCCUCAAGCUGUCCCAUGCUGAUGCAGGUGCAAUCUACCUUGCGCUAUCUCAUGCAGUCAAAGAUUAUGCCGGUAUCUGUCAACUGCUGACCGUUGCUCCGGAGAACCAGGCAGGACUGUUUUAUCUGAGCAUGGGUCUUUUUCACCCGGACCAGGUCGUGCGUGAAGCGACAGUUGACCUGCUCGACCGCAUUGCCACCCAUUCAGCUGGCCGACACUUCUGGACUCACCUUAGCCGCUUCGCCAAGCUGGGCUACUUCCGGGUAAAGCGGGAGCGGGACGCUGCCCAGAGUCCCAUUUCCGGCGCUGGUUCUCCCACUGUCACAAAUCCCGGGACCAGCUUUGGCGGCGAGCCGCAGAGUCUGGUCGGGGUUGCCCUUGGUGACAUCUUCAACAGAAGCAGUUGA